UAAUAAUCAAUAAUCCUGCAGACCCUUCUGCUCUCACUCUACUGCACAUUGCCUCAGUUCUUCUAGUGCUGCAAUCAUCCUCUGUCUCCAACAACUAUUUUUUUUCUCCAACCAACUUGAGCAGACGCUCAAAGCUAUCUUUUGCUUUUGGUUCGUCUCUUGCUACACAUCACCAGCAUGCCAGUCUGCUUCACCGGCUCCUCCGCAAACCAGGACUCCGACUCCUCCGCUCAGAAACCCAUUUCUCCGCCAAACCUUCUUGCACCUCAACCGACUGCCGCGCCAGCCUCACUGCCAAGCAAAUCUUGCGACGGCUCAAGAACUGGCCACCCUACUCCCCAUCAACCAAUAUACCGCAACCCAUUUAAUUCAGGCCUUCCUCAAGCACAGAAUCCCCUGCUCAUCCAGCAAUACCAGCCUCCCGCCAUGAUCGCCCUCCACUCCCACUCGCCACCUUCCCCCACCCCUCCCGACUCUUCGAUCGCCCGCAGUGGGAGCGAAAGCCCCGAGAAUCCCCACACCACUGACAUUGGACAUUGCCCCCAAUCAUGGAGUCGCCAGCAUUCGCCCGGUGGCCCUGAGCACUCAGAAGACUCGCUAGACGAUGGCCAUAGUCUGGACACAAUAUCACCGCCGCCAUCUGCUCCCCCAAGGAUGUUCUCAUCUACAUCCAGGCCUUUUGGUCAGCACUCAGAUCUCUUGGGAGAUUCAUCCUCUCAUCAGACCCAGUAUCCUGUCAAUGGGUCAGCAACCUCCGCCCUCUUCACUCGCAGACUAUCCGCUAGAAACUCACAUUUGAACACGACUUUACCCUGCAACUUGCGCACUCUAUCAUCCACCUCCACCUCUACCACUGAUUCAAGUCCCUGCUCUGAUCUUGGAUUCAGCCAAUCUCUCGCCCAUCAGUCACAGAUCGCCACCCCGGUGACGCAUCCGUUUGAUGGUGACGAAUACCUAGCCACCCCACUCACACCACCCUCCGUCCUCUUCCCCUCCUCAGUCUCGCUCACCCCCCAUCCUCUGCCACAGUCGGUUCCCUCAGAGCCGCAAGCCCAGUACGGCUAUGACCUACCCGUCCAAUCCAAUCCCUUGCCACCAGCGCUCUCCCCCUUGAGCUACCUUCCCUCUGUAUAUCAUUCGCCCCACAAGGCCAACUUCACCGACUUCCUUGCCGAACAAUUCCUUAAGAUUCAGUCCCUCUCUCCCAUCUCCACAUCUUCAGGCGUCUUUCAAACUCAAGCCGAAGCCGCCGACCAAUGUCGCCAAAUCAAACUUGAACUCAACGAAUACAUCCUCAAGAAUUCCUUCAACCAUCAUUUCCAUUCUUCUCCUGCUCAUUCUGAUAAGCUCCAACACAACGAAAUCAUCAUCCUCAACGGCUUGAUCCAUCUUUUGGACGACAAGUUGGCCAAUUUGAAGAAUGGUCUCUCUCCCGCCGCCCCGCGUCCGAUCUUCGAACGGGCAGAUCCUCACAACAGUUGUGAGAAUCACCAGAGCCCGACCAUUGAUAUCAUCACCGUCGAAGAGAAGCCAGAGACUUCAAAACCUUACAAGAUUGUGGUCAACAACAAGCAGCUCACAGCAGAGGAAGAGUUGAAACUGUUGAAGGCUCAAGUCAGCGACUUUGCCCGAGUCUGUAAGGCCGUCGCGAGGGGCGACUUGUCGCAGACUGUCACCAUUAAUGUCCAAGGCCAUGAUUUGACAGAGCUCAAAGCAGUCGUCAACGGAAUGGUCCAACAGCUCAGGUGUUUUGCGGGGGAAGUGACGAGGGUGUCGAUUGAGGUUGGAACAGAAGGUAGAUUAGGCGGCCAAGCCGUAGUCGAAGGAGCCGAGGGAGCCUGGCGCCAGCUGACCGAUGUGGUCAACACGCUCGCCGCGAACCUGUCCGAACAAGUGCGCGCCAUUGCUGGGGUCACCAAGUCGAUCUCCCGAGGCGACCUCAGCCAGAAGAUCCAGGUCGAGGCUAAGGGCGAAGUCCAGGAACUAGCUAUCACUAUUAAUGACAUGACCGACCAGCUCAGAUCGUUUGCUGAGGAAGUCAGCCGGGUGGCUUUGGAUGUGGGAACUAAAGGGCGACUCGGUGGACAAGCUGUCGUUCACGGCGUCGAGGGCACAUGGAAAACCUUAAGAGACAAUGUGAAUCAGAUGGCGUCAAACCUAACGAGUCAAGUGAGGAGUAUAGCCACUGUUACCUCUGCAAUUGCCGCUGGAGAUUUGAACCAUAAAAUCGAAGUCGAAGUGAUGGGUGAAAUGGCUGAACUCAAACAGACCGUCAAUGGAAUGGUUGACAAGCUGAAGGUGUUCUCAACCGAAGUGACGAGGGUAGCGCUUGAGACAGGCGUACAUGGCAAUCUUGGUGGCCAAGCCGUUGUUGAAGGAGUCCAGGGAGUCUGGCUAGAUCUCACCAGUAAUGUCAACAGAAUGGCAAAAAACCUAACUGAUCAAGUUAGAGAGAUUGCAAUUGUCACCACAUGCGUGGCUAAGGGCGACCUCACCCGUCUCAUCACCGUGUCUGCUCAGGGCGAAAUCCUCGAACUCAAGUUGACGGUCAACUCAAUGGUGUCUACCUUGAGAUCAUUUGCGGAGGAAGUCAGCCGGGUCGCACUUGAGGUGGGAACUGAAGGCAAACUGGGAGGAAAAGCACAAGUGCAGGACGUCUUUGGAACCUGGAGGACAUUGACGGACAAUGUAAACACGAUGGCUCACAACUUGACCACACAAGUCCGUGGGAUUGCUAAGGUCACAACUGCAGUGGCAAAGGGCGAUCUCAGUCAGAAGAUCGAGGUCGAUGUCAAGGGCGAAGUGCUUGAGUUGAAGUCUACUGUCAACGGGAUGGUGGACUCCCUGCGCUUGUUUGCCUCCGAAGUUACCAGAGUUGCACGAGAAGUCGGGUUCGAUGGAAAGCUUGGAGGUCGUGCCAACGUGGAAGGUGUUAACGGUGAAUGGAGAAACCUGACCGAUUGUGUGAACACCAUGGUCGACCGGUUGACUAGUCAAGUCAGGUCUAUUGCAAUCACUACCACGGCUGUUGCGCAGGGCGAUUUAACCAUGAAAGUCGACAUCGAGGCUGCCGGAGAAAUCGCUGAAUUGAGAGACACUGUCAACACUAUGAUCAAUCGGCUCAAUAUCUUUGCAUCGGAAGUUGGAAAAGUCUGUCUAGAAGUCGGCAAAAAUGGAAAUCUCGGCGUCACCGCUCAUGUGACUGAUAUCGAUGGUACCUGGAAGGACUUGACAAAACAGGUCAAUCAAAUGGCUAUGAAUUUGACUGCUCAAGUUAGAGCCUUUGCUCAGAUAUCAUCUGCAGCCACUAAUGGGGAUUUCAGCGCCUUUGUGACUGUUGAAGCAUCGGGCGAGAUGAACAGUCUCAAGAACCAGAUCAACUCGAUGGUCUUUAGCUUGCGUGACGCCCUGCAGAAAAACACUGCGGCUAGAGAAGCAGCUGAGCUAGCUAAUCGGAGCAAGUCGGAAUUUUUGGCCAACAUGAGUCACGAGAUUCGAACGCCUAUGAAUGGCAUCAUCGGCAUGACCCAAAUCACCCUUGCCACUGAGCUCACUCGUCACCAACGAGAAAACUUGACAAUCGUUUAUGCGAUGGCCAAUAAUCUUUUGUUGAUCAUUGAUGAUGUCUUGGAUCUCAGUAAAAUCGAAGCUGGUCGAAUGACGAUUGAGAAAGUCCCAUUCGCCCUUCGAACUUCAAUUUUCGAUGUGCUCAAAUCUCUGGCGGUCAAAGCCUUGACGAGCAACUUGCAACUGGUAUUCGAGAUCGCCCCCAACGUACCCGAUUUUGUGGUUGGAGACCCAUUCAGAAUGCGACAAGUCAUUACAAACCUGAUUGGGAAUGCAAUCAAGUUCACCUCAAGUGGACAUGUUGGUCUCAGCUGUAAAGUAGCAACACUGGAUCCAGUCACCGGCGAGCAUCGGCUUGAAUUUUGUGUCUUCGAUACCGGGAUUGGAAUCAAGCCUGACAAACUCAACUUGAUCUUUGACACUUUCUGUCAAGCUGAUGGUUCGACCACCAGAAAAUAUGGAGGGACUGGGUUAGGGCUCACCAUCUCUAAACGUCUAGUCAAUCUGAUGGAAGGCACACUAUGGGUCGAGAGCGAAUACAACCAUGGAUCUCGCUUCUACUUCACAAUCUCAGUCCGAUCGGACGACGAUAAGCCGUUCGAAAACUGGGCCAAGAAGUCUGUGUAUCCUCAGGCUCAGGUGAUCAUCGUUGCCAGGGAAUCUGGUGAAGAACUCCAAAUCGUCCAAGUGGCCAAAGUUAUUGGGCUGUCACUUACCGUCGUCGCAUCCUUGCAAGAAGCCAACGUAUUGAUCUUGCAAGAUACGAACCAGAAGUGGAGCGCAAUCAUCGUUGACUCUUUGGAAACGACUUCCCAAUUGAGAGAUUACGAAGGUUUAAGACACGUUCCGAGUGUCCUUAUUGCUCGAAAACUACCUAGGUUGGACAUCAAAGUCUGUCUGGAUUACGGGAUUGCCAAUUGUAUUGAAUAUCCCGUCUCGCCCUCGAACUUAUUCAAUGCUCUUGCCCCAGCGCUCGAUCAAACUCUCACCAUGGCGUCUUCAAACUGCUCGACGGUUUACAAAAUCUUGCUGGCAGAAGACAAUCACGUCAAUCAGAAAGUGGCGACAAAGCUGUUGGAUAUGGGUGGACAUAAGGUCGAGGUAGUCGAUAACGGGGAACUUGCGGUUGAAGCUGCUACCAAGAACACCUACGAUCUGGUCUUGAUGGAUGUAUCAAUGCCUACAAUGGGUGGCUUGGAAGCUACCAGCUUGAUCCGGAAGCACGAGCAAGACAAUCAUCUCGAAAGGGUGCCUAUCAUCGCUUUAACAGCACAUGCAAUGCUCGGAGAUCGAGAAAGGUGCAUAGAUGCAGGAAUGGAUGAUUAUGUGACCAAGCCGCUACGAAAAGCCGAUCUAGACGCCUCGAUGAGCCGAUGUGUCGCGAUCGCCCGAGCUAGUCGCCAACCCGACACUAGCAACUUUCGGCACUUGCCUCACAUCAAAGGCGUCGCUGACCCCGACCCUUUGCCCACCCUCUCUGCUCCUCCGACACCCUCAUCUCCCUCCUAUUUGACGUAAUCUUUCUUUUUCCUGACAGACAAAAAAAGAAGAAACACGCUCGAACUUCACUCCUUUCCGUCGUACAUCAACCCGCCACACAUCCAUUUCUUCCCGGCCCUUGCCUCCUCUUUUCAUCAUAGUAAAAACAUGUUUUUUCUUCUUCUUCGUUGUUUCAUAGCUGUUGCUUUUCUGAUUGUUGUCUUUCUAAUUGUUUUUUUUCUUUUGUUGACAAAAUCACUUGUACUUUCGGACCUGGCCGUUCUCUUGUUUCCUUCUAUGUAUACUCCUUUCAAUUCUAUCAAGGUAAUUGUUUUCUGCUUUAUAAUCUACAUGAGACGUUCCUUUUGAUUUCAUGUAUUUCUAGUGUGUGUGUAUGUGCAUUGCAGAUUUAACUUGUUAUCCAUCCAACUCCCAAGACAAUCCCUU